GUGCGAUAAAUAAUCAAAAGGAAAAACAAUGCCUCGCCGUAAGCCCACCUUUAAGACCGAUGUCAUCGGCAACUUGGAUCUCAAUCCCGAGGAGGCUGUGGGCGAGUAUCUGCUCUCUCGCCAGCAGGAGCGUUUCUUCGUGAAGCCACCCAACUGGGACUCGGCAGGUGACUCGGUGGAGAUGCUUUACAUAGAGAAUUCUCGGGAGAAUGAUGCCAUGGUGGUGUUGCAACGUCAGUUGCUUGAGGAGGCACAACGCCAAUCAGAACUCAAUCACCAACGUAUUGCCCAAAUGUAUCGGAUGCAGGAGCGUCUAAGAAAACGCUUCAUCGAGGUGAAUGGCUUUAUUAAGGACUGUGCGGACAAGAAACGCACUGCUGAGAAGAUCAUACGUGAAGAGGAAGGACUCCAUGAUGAGCUGACCAGGGGAAUUGAUGAAUACAAGAGAUCCAUCAGCGAAUUGAGCACCUUUCGCGAUGAUCUCAAGGAGACUGUGCGCCAGUUUCAGCCCUAUGAGAGAGUCCUGGAUGAUGUCGUCAAGAUCUCGGACAUAUUUGUCUCUCCCAAGGAUUGCAUUGAUCGCUGUGAUGCCCUGAUGCUCGCCCAAGUGGAGAUCAAUGAGCUGAAGAACACAAAGCUCUUGGAGAUCGAGGAAAUGCGUCAGCGCAUGGUGAAGAUCACAAGUGAGGCAGCUCUCACUGUGCUGGGUCUAAAGAACGAUCUGGCCAAACUAGAACGAUCCUACAAUCAAGCACGUGCUCUUGGCCUCAAAUGGGAGAAAACUUUGUCCCUUUGCAAGGACACCAUAGUCAGCAACGACUUGGACAAGGAACGUACUCUCGAUGGCAUCCAAAUUAUGUAUCGCAUGUUGUGCAAGCGUCGUGAUAUUGAUGUCAACUACAAUCGACGUGAAGUGGAAAAGUGUCUUGACUUUAUCAAGCGUGAAGUGGAACUAAUGAAUUCUGUUCUACGUGAAAUGGAGAGGGGUACUCAGAAGGGUGGCAAGUCUGCUAAUCACGAAGGAGCACUCUGCAAUUAAGAAUUAUGAAUUUAUAAAGUUGUGUGAAUAAACAAAACGCUGAAAUAAAUUUGAGCUUGAUAGCCAGCUUA